GGGCAAUGGGAGACGGAGUUAUAAUAUUUACACCAACUCAUGAAGAGGUCUGGCUUGCUUCAUCCGCAUACAAAAUUACUAGGCCUCACAAAUCCCAAUUCUAUAAUACCUAGACCCUAUCAAAAUGGUUCUAUCAGACGAUAUCCAUCAUCCGUCGACUCGAGCAAUCCAUGCGGAUGAUGCAUUGAAUUUGGUGGACGAUGUUGCACCGCCAAUCCAUCUGUCCACCACGUUCAGAUUCCCCGAUGACCCAAAGCAAUUGGUCCCUAGUGAAGACCCCAUUGCCGACUUCAACGGCAAAAACUAUGUAUACUCUCGCGUAUUUGCGCCAAACGCAACGCGCUUCGAAGCCAUCUUGUCAUCCCUCCUAAAUGCCCCCGCAGUGGCCUAUUCCACUGGCCUGGCAGCUCUGCACGCUGCACUGGUCCUCCUGAACCCGCGCCACAUAUCAGUGGGCGACGGGUACCACGGCAGCCAUGAAGUGAUUGCUGUUAUUUCCCGUCUCUCCGGGCUCCAGAAACUGGCCCUCGACUGCCCGGCCAAGAGCUUGGAGGUGGGGGAUGUGAUUUUGCUCGAAACACCCGUUAACCCGCUGGGCACGGCUUUCAAUAUUGAAGAGUAUGCUAAGAAGGCGCAUGAGCGCGGUGCUUAUCUUAUUGUAGACAGCACGUUUGCGCCGCCGGGGCUGCAGGAUCCGUUCCUGUGGGGCGCGGAUAUUGUGAUGCAUUCUGGCACAAAGUAUUUGGGCGGGCAUAGUGACCUUCUCUGUGGCGUGCUGGCGACCAAGAAUGCAGAGUGGGUAAAGCGGCUCUUUGAAGAUCGCGCGGCCAUGGGUAGUGUUUUGGGAAACCUGGAAGGUUGGUUGGGCGUUCGAAGCCUGCGGACGCUGGAGGUUCGUGUGCAGCGAGCCAGCCAGAGUUGCGCGGAGUUGGUAUCAUGGCUCCAUGGCGCGUCGAAGAAACGAAAUACACCGCAAACCGAGGACGAUGAGGACAUUUUUGUCCGGGCUGUUGUUGAGAAGAUAUAUCACGCCAGUCUACAGAAGGAUGAACCGUGGUUGCAGCGGCAGAUGCCGAACGGCUUCGGGCCUGUAUUCUCCAUCGUGCUGCGGACUCCAUACUUUGCUCGGAGGUUACCCAGCAAGCUCAAACUAUUCCACCAUGCCACUAGCCUUGGUGGAGUGGAAUCUUUGAUUGAGUGGCGUGCAAUGUCGGAUCCUAGGGUUGACAGGGGGCUGCUGAGGAUCAGUGUUGGUUUAGAGAAUUGGGUGGAUUUGAAGAACGAUUUGCUGCAGGCGUUUAUAUCAACCAUUACGGAGCUAUAAGGGCGGCGCGGCAACUAUACUUCUGCUUGUUGUAACUUAAUAGGUCAAGAUUGCUGCAUCACAUCUUGAGUUGAUGAUAUCUGAACAUUUGGUGGGAUCUCAUUGCGCUAUAAGUACCAUACGCCACGCCAUGUAGUUCUCGGGAAAAGGGGAGAAAAUAGUAAUACAGCACAGUUAUCAAAACUCUAUAUGUGUCCAAACCUUCACAAAUCAGCGCCCGCGCUCAACGUUAUUGGAACUCUCCCCGUCCCUCUGCUCGCCUAUACCGUACCCUCCUUAUCCAAUAUCACCCCUUCUUCAGACCACCUCUUCCCCCGCCCUUCUUCCACCGCAUCCGACUCCGUCAACUCCAUUUCCACCUCCGCUUCCCCCUCUGCCUUCCCCUCCACUUCCCUCUCCCCUUCUUUCUCUCCCUCCACCCCUAAUCCUCUCAUCCUCUUCUCCUCCUCCAACUUCCUAUACUUCCUCUUAGCCUUCUUCUCCCUACUAGCCUUCCUCUUCCUCUUCGUCUCAGCCUUGAUAGCCGCCCGACUUUUCUCGCCCUUGAGCUGCAGCUCCACUUUCUCUGCAAGGAUGCCCAUGGCGAUCUUCUGGUUUUGCGUGCGCGAUCGCGUCGCCUGGGAUUUGACGACGAUGCCGGUGGGUUUGUGGAUAAGUUGGACGGCGGAGUUGGUUUUGUUCUAUGUGGUGGGUUCAUUAGAAUGGAGGGAAAGAAAGUUGAGACAAAAAAUGAUAGGAUAUUUUUAAUAUGGGGUAUAUAUAUAUGUCAAAUACAAUGUUUCAGAAGGGUAAUCGGGGGAACGGUGAUAGGGGUGCAUGGGAUAAUAACUGAUCCGCAUAUCCUUUGCCUGGCCGGUCGACUCGCUUCCUUGGGGUUCAGACAUAUAAUGGGACCCCCCCCUCCCCGAAGCGACAAAAUUAGGGAAUAUA